UUUUUGGGGGGUGGGGGUGGGGGGGAGGGCGAGCGAGCCGCGGCUGCCAUGCAGGCUUAAGACUUUCGGAGCCUUCUGUCCUUUUCUAUUCCUGGAAAUCACAAAAAGUGUGGUGGCUUCGAGAUCUUCUUUGCCUUUUCUUUUCUUUUUUUUUUUCUUUUCCUUUUUCCCCCCUUCCUCCUCCUCCCUUUCCCCUCUCCUUUCCUGGCGAGGGAGACAAGGAGCCGGCGAAUCGCGUUUUUUUUUCUCUCUCUCUCUCUCCCCUCUCUCUCUCUCUCCCUCCCUUUCCCCCUCCCCACCCCCUCCCCAACAGCCCCCAACUACAGCCUCCGCCACCGCCGCCGCCGCCUCAAAAUUCAAUAAAAUGAGCUCUUAUUUCGUCAACUCACUGUUCUCCAAAUACAAAACCGGGGAGUCCCUGCGCCCCAAUUAUUAUGACUGCGGCUUCGCCCAGGACCUGGGCGGCCGACCCACCGUCGUGUACGGUCCCAGCAGCGGCGGCAGCUUCCAGCACCCGUCCCAAAUUCAGGAGUUCUACCACGGGCCAUCGUCGCUGUCCACGGCUCCCUACCAGCAGAACCCGUGCGCCGUGGCGUGCCACGGGGACCCGGGCAACUUCUACGGCUACGACCCGCUGCAGCGCCAGAGCCUGUUCGGAGCGCAGGAUCCAGACCUGGUGCAGUACGCAGACUGCAAGCUCGCCGCCGCCAGCGGCCUGGGCGAGGAGGCCGAGGGCUCCGAACAGAGCCCGUCGCCCACCCAGCUCUUCCCCUGGAUGCGCCCGCAAGCAGCCGCCGGACGCAGGCGAGGCCGACAGACCUACAGCCGCUACCAGACCCUGGAGCUGGAGAAGGAGUUCCUAUUCAAUCCCUAUCUGACUCGCAAGCGGCGGAUCGAGGUGUCGCACGCGCUGGGACUGACAGAGAGACAGGUCAAAAUCUGGUUCCAGAACCGGAGGAUGAAGUGGAAAAAAGAAAACAACAAAGACAAGUUCCCCAGCAGCAAAUGCGAGCAGGAGGAGCUGGAGAAACAGAAGCUGGAGCGGGCCCCCGAGGCGGCGGACGAGGGCGACGCGCAGAAGGGUGACAAGAAGUAGGGGGUCUCCAGCUGGGACUGCCAAGGUCGGGGCUGCCCGCCACGUCCGCGGAUCCCCGCGAUCACGCCGCCGCCGCUGCCGCCGCCCGCCCGCCCGUCCACCCGCCCGCCCCCCGCCUCGGAGAGCUCUGGUCCCGCGAGCGGGGCCCGGAGCUGGGCCUCCCACCGCAGCGUCCCCCGCCGCGCCAGUCCCCGCUAGUGGUAGUUUCUCGUAAUAGCUUCUGUGUGUGAGCUACCGUGGAUCUCCUUUCCUUCUCUUGGGGGCCGGGGGGGGGGGAGGAUUUGAAGCAAGGACUCCCUCGACCUGAGAGGGUAGGGGGGGGGCCUUGGCCCGGCUGAGCCCCCGCCCCGCCCUGUGUAAAAAGCCUCCUUGUGCAAUGGUUCUUUUUCGGGUUGUUUUAUUUUUUUUUUGUUUUCGUUUUUCCUUUGAAACGUGCUUCUUUGUAACGACCGAGGUACCGAUUUCUGCUAAGUUCUCCCAACAACAUGAAACUGCC